GGGUCCCGAGUCAAUUGCAUCCUUGCACUUCCACUGCCUUCCAUUUAUAUUCCAUUUAUCUUCUUCUCUCGUAUUUACAGAUUGGAAGUAAUUAAGCAUGGGACGAUCUCCUUGUUGUGAGAAGGAGCACACAAAUAAAGGUGCAUGGUCCAAAGAGGAAGACGAACGUCUCAUCAACUACAUUCAACUGCAUGGCGAAGGCUGUUGGCGCUCUCUUCCCAAGGCAGCCGGUUUGCUGAGAUGUGGCAAGAGCUGUAGGCUAAGAUGGAUCAACUACUUAAGACCUGAUCUCAAGAGAGGAAACUUCACAGAUCAAGAACAUCAACUCAUCAUCAACCUUCAUGCCUUACUUGGAAACAAAUGGUCUCUUAUUGCUGCUCGCCUGCCCGGAAGAACUGAUAAUGAGAUCAAGAACUACUGGAAUACCCACAUCAAAAGAAAGCUUUGUAAGACUACUGGUGUUUCUGAGUUAGAAAGGCAAGACUCAUCAAACUGCAGCAGUGGCCCUGAAAUCAAUCUUGAGCUAUCAAUAGCCAUAAGCCAACCUCAGGUUUCUUCUUCUAUAAUUAAUUUUGAACAGCAGAAGCAAGAAAAUAAUAAGCAACAGCGGCAGCACUUCACAUUUCAUCUGCUGAAUUAAACUGUGUUCUAAUAGACUAAUCAACAGCUGAUCAUCUUCAAUCAAGCUAAUCAAAUAUUUGUAUGCCUUACUUAGAAGAUUGUAUAAUAAUUAGUUUAUAGUUUACCUUAUUUAAAAUAUUGUGUUGUGAUUGAUUAUCACUUACCUUACAUAGAAUAGCUUCUUUCUUGUAUAAAUUCACAAGUUAUAUGAAUGAAAAAUAAGUAAGCCUUCUUACUUUA